AUGUCGGGGACAGAAAACCUGCGUUACCUUACUCCCUCGUCGUCCUACAAGGGGAAACCGGACUCGAACAAAGAGGAAGGCAAGAGUGGGAACCCAAAACCACUUAACUCUUGGAGGAGCUUCCUAGCUUGCAGUCCUUCGCCUUCCUCCAGAUGUUCUUCCCCCCCGUCGGACUGCCAUGCCAGCAAGACAGUGAGACGGAUCUCGACCAUUUGCUUGAUCUCCUUGAUCACCUUGCUGGGAAACACCGCUCUGGAUUUAAGCCAAACUCUGGAGUCCUGGAGGCAUAUCGAGAAGGCCCUCGGCAACGUCUCUUCGUGCCGGGGCUUCCUGGCCCUCUCGCUGUUCAACCUCCUGGUCCAAGAAGGGGAUUGGCAAGAAGGAGGAGGAGGAGAUAUGGUGGAGAACUGGCCAGGGGAUGCGCUGGAGAACCUGGCUGCUCUGUGCAAAGAAUCUGGAGACGUGGCCCCUGGCACGAUCCCCCGGUGCCGGGACGAUGAUAAUUUCGGGUGUCAAACUUACAUCACCUUGAUCAGGGAGAGAGUGAAUGGCACUCAAGGAGCAGAGACAGUUUUUCUGCAGCUAAAAAGGAUUUUAGGGAUCCUGGAGAUACUUCAGAAGCUUGAGAAGGGAGACCACCAGAAGAUGAGGUCCAUCCCAGACUGGUGGGAUGUGGCCUUUCUCAGACUCGUCCUGCGAAUCAAAGGGGCCAUGCUACGGGCUCAAGAAAUGUCCCUCUACCCUGAAGAUGCCCAAGCUUUGUGGCAUCAGCUGUCUGUUGUUCUUACUUCCUCUGUUUUUAUCUCAGAAAGCACGCAAGAAUGUUGGGCCGAGCAUCCCAACUUCUCCACCUUGGCCACCCAUCACAAAGGACUCCACAUGUUUGCUCCCUCUUUGGGCUUUUUGUCACUGCCCCCUCCUUUGAUGGAUGAACUUGAUAUCCUCCAGAGAUGUUUGCUUCAGAAAAGCCAGGAGAAACUUCAGAAAAAAUCUAAGGAUAUAAUCUCCUUGGUGAGCCUCAAAAUCAGCCUCUUGGUGGUCACCGGCCUUAUCUACCCAGCGGUCCUGGUUUCCUUCAAAGAGAUGGCAGAAUGGAUCCAGAAUUAUGCCAGGAACCUCAAGGAACGAACAGAGGAUUUGAAACGGGAAAGGCAGGUAGCUGAAGACCUUCUUCACCAGAUGUUGCCCAAAUCCGUGGCCAAGCAGCUACGGAAACACAAGCACGUAGAGGCAGAAAAUUAUGACCAGGUGACCAUCUUCUUUUCGGACAUCGUGGGUUUCACCGCCAUUGCGGCUUCGUGCGCCCCGCUGCAGGUGGUCGAGAUGCUCAACAACCUCUACGUCUGCUUUGACACCAGGAUCGAAUCCUACGACGUCUACAAGGUGGAAACCAUCGGCGAUGCCUACAUGGUUGUGAGCGGCCUGCCCGAGCGGAACGGCACCAGGCACGCGGACGAGAUCGCCAAGAUGGCCCUGGACCUGGUGGCCGCGGUGCGGCAGGUGGCGAUCCCCCACCUGCCUGCCAGCAAGCUGCAGCUGCGGGCUGGGAUCCACACAGGGCCCUGCGUGGCCGGCGUUGUGGGGCAUAAAAUGCCCCGGUACUGCCUCUUCGGCGACACGGUGAACACAGCCUCCCGCAUGGAGUCGACCAGUCUGCCCCAGAAAAUCCACAUCAGCUCCGCCACCUACCACGUGCUGCUGCAGGACGGUGCCUAUGACAUUGAGCCGAGAGGAGACAUUGAGGUGAAGGGCAAAGGGAAAAUGAAGACUUACUGGCUGUUGGGAAAUAAGAACUACAGCGUCCAAAACGACAGCCUGGUCUGCCACUGGAACCCGGGGCUGUCUCAGAAAAAGAAGGCGGAACGAAGCUCGGCGCCCGGGCAGGAGGUAUGCCGCUGAAGCGUUACGCAGAUGCCAGGAGAGGGAAGGGCCCUUCGAGGUCAUCUAGCCUGACCCCGAGGAAGGCCCGACUCCAGUAUCCCAAACGGCGAUCCAGGUUCAGCGGAAUAGCUGCAGGGAAAAACAGGCUGAGCACGUUAGACCUGGA